UACCACUCCUCCUCAAUCAACAACGCACCCAUGACCUUGUCGUGACGGUGGAGUCACCGGAGGGCCACUGCGAAGAGCGAAGAGCGACACCUGUUUUCACUUUCAACCUCGCCAUCCCUGGAGCCCUGAGAGAGACUGCUGAGACGAUAUCAUUUCCUUCAUCAACAACACAGACGACAUCCCGUCUGACGACCACACCCAACAUAUCCCAUUCCAGUGUCACCAGCACAUCUCAGAUGACCUCAGCCAUCUCUACAAAUAUAACUUCAACUAACACAGGACACACAUCAAUAAUGGUUACCCAAAGUUCCAAUCCAGAUACCACACGAACGUCAAAUGGACCUCCCACCACAGGGACAACAUCCAAAAUCUCUGGAAACACAGAGACCUCCAGUGAACUGCAAACCAGCACCCUCACAGAUGUGACCACAUCAAAACCCUCAGCCUCCCAAAGUGGCUCUACCUUGACACCGACAGUGACUCAGGGGACAUCCUCUUCAAGAGAUUCAACUACCUCAGCUGCCUUCAGUGUUGGAAGCUCACCUACUAUCACUUCACAGGUGAUCACCACAAACACCUCCACGGGCUCCACCUCAGGGAACCCAGGGCACACACAGGAUACUCAAACCUCUGCACCAGCAACCGCAGAAAUCUCAAUGACAUCACCACAGAAAGAGUCAACAGUGUCAACACUCACAACCUCAACUCAGGAAGCGUCAACAUCUUCUCAGAAUGACCACACUGGAAGCAUGGAUACGAGCAGCAGAGCUCAAAGCACCCCUCUCACAGAGGUGACCACAUCAACUCUUUCCUCUUCCCCAAGUGGCUCAACUCCAGGACAGACAGAGUCACAUGGGGCCUCAUCUGGAGAGGCAACAACCAAUCCAUUCACUUCCAGUGUCAGUAACACAAACACAGCCACGUCAGAGAUGCCAGCUUCAGCACCCUCCACAGACUCUGCCUCAGCAAAUACAGGGCACACAUCUCCAGCUGUUUCUCACAGUUCCACAUCUGCCAUUACCACAGUGUUAAUGACAAAUUCACCAAAUGUCUUGUCAACGGUGACAUCUCUCAUCACCUCUAAUCAAGAAUUGUCAACAUCUCAGAAUGGCCACACUGGAACCAUGGAGACCAGCAGCAAUCCACAAAGCACCCCUCUCACAGAAGUGACCACAUCAGCUCUUUCCUCUUCCCCAAGUGGCUCAACUCCAGCACAGACAGGGUCCCAAGGCACCUCAUCUCCAGAGGCGACAACCAAUCCAUUCAGCUCCAGUGUCAGUAACACAAAACCAGCCACAUCAGAGAUGCCAACUUUAGCACCCUCCACAGAGUCCACCUCAGGAAGUACAGGGCACACAUCUCCAGCUGUUUCUCCAAGUUCCACAUCUGCCAUUACAGGAAUCUCAAUGACAAAUUCACCAAAUGUCCUAUCAACGAUGACAACUCCCAUCACCUCUAAUCAAGAAUUGUCAACAUCUCAGAAUGGCCACACUGGAACCAUGGAGACCAGCAGCAAUCCUCAAAACACCCCUCUCACAGAGGUGACCACAUCAACUCCUUCCUCUUCCCCAAGUGGCUCAACUCCAGCACAGACAGGGUCCCAAGGCACCUCAUCUCCAGAAGCAACAACCAAUCCAUUCAGCUCCAGUGUUAGCAACACAAACCCACCCGUGACAGAAAUGCCAACUUCAGCACCCUCCACAGACUCCACCUCAGGAAGUACAGGGCACACAUCUCCAGCUGUUUCUCACAUUUCCACAUCUAUCAUUACCACAGUCUCAAUGACAAAUUCACCAAAUGUCCUAUCAACGAUGACAACUUCCAUCACCUCUAAUCAGGAAUCAUCAACAUCUCAGAAUGGCCACACUGGAACCAUGGAGACCAACAGCAAUCCUCAAAGCACCUCUCUCACAGAGGUGACCACAUCAGCUCCUUCCUCUUUCCCAAGUGGCUCAACUCCAGCACAGACAGGGUCCCAAGGCACCUCAUCUCCACAAACAACAAGCAGUCCAUUCACUUCCAGUGUUAGCAACACAAACCCACCCAAGACAGAAAUGCCAACUUCAGCACCCUCCACAGACAACACCUCAGGAAGUGAAGGGCACACAUCUCCAGAUGUUUCUCAAAGUUCCACAUCUAUCAUUACCACAGUCUCAAUGACAAAUUCACCAAAUGUCCUAUCAACAGUGACAUCUCCCAUCACCUCUAAUCAAGAAUUGUCAACAUCUUCUCAGAAUGGCCACACUGGAACCAUGGAGACCAGCAGCAAUCCUCAAAACACCCCUCUCACAGAGGUGACCACAUCAGCUCCUUCCUCUUCCCCAAGUGGCUCAACUCCAACACAGACAGGGUCCCAAGGCACCUCAUCUCCAGAGGCAACAACCAAUCCACUCAGCUCCAGUGUUAGCAACACAAACCCAUCCGGGACAGAAAUGCCAGCUUCAUCACCCUCCACAGACAACACUUCAGGAAGUACAGGGCACACAUCUCUAGCUGUUUCUCAAAGUUCCACAUCUGCGAUUACAGGAAUCUCAAUGACAAAUUCACCAAAUGUCCUGUCAACAGUGACAUCUCCCAUCACCUCUAAUCAAGAAUUGUCAACAUCUUCUCAGAAUGACCACACAGGAAGCAUGGAGACCACCAGCAAUCCACAAAACAACCCUCUCACAGAGGUGACCACAUCGGCUCUUUCCUCUUUCCCAAGUGUCUCAACUCCAGCACAGACAGGGUCCCAAGGCACCUCAUCACCAGAGGCAACAACCAAUCCAUUCAGCUCCAGUAUUAGCAACACAAAACCAGCCACAUCAGAGAUGCCAACUUCAGCACCCUCCACAGACUCCACCUCAGGAAGUACAGGGCACACAUCUCCAGAUGUUUCUCAAAGUUCCACAUCUGCUAUUACAGGAAUCUCAAUGACAAAUUCACCAAAUGUCCUAUCAACGAUGACAACUCCCUUUACCUCUAAUCAAGAAUUGUCAACCUCUUCUCAGAAUGGCCACACUGGAACCAUGGAGACCAACAGCAAUGCUCAAAGCACCCCUCUCACAGAGGUGACCACAUCAACUCUUUUCUCUUCCCCAAGUGGCUCAACUCCAGCACAGACAGGGUCCCAAGGCACCUCAUCUCCAGAGGCAACAACCAAUCCAUUCACAUCCAGUGUUGGUAACACAAACCCACCCAAGACAGAAAUGCCAAAUUCUUCACCCUCCACAGACUCCACCUCAGGAAGUACAGGGCACACAUCUCCAGCUGUUUCUCACAGUUCCACAUCUGCCAUUACAGGAAUCUCAAUGACAAAUUCACCAAAUGUCCUGUCAACAGUGACAUCUCCCAUCACCUCUAAUCAAGAAUUGUCAACAUCUUCUCAGAAUGACCACACUGGAAGCAUGGAGACCAGCAGCAAUCCACAAAGCACCCCUCUCACAGAGGUGACCACAUCAGCUCUUUCCUCUUUCCCAAGUGGCUCAACUCCAGCACAGACAGGUUCCCAAGGCACCUCAUCUCCACAAACAACAAGCAGUCCAUUCAUCUCCAGUGUUAGCAACACAAACCCACCCAUGACAGAAAUGCCAACUUCAGCACCCUCCCCAGACUCUACCUCAGGAAAUACAGGGCAAACAUCUCCAGCUCUUUCUCAAAGUUCCACAUCUGCCAUUACAGGAAUCUCAAUGACAAAUUCACCAAAUGUCCUAUCAACGAUGACAACUCCAAUCACCUCUAAUCAAGAAUUGUCAACAUCUCAGAAUGGCCACACUGGAACCAUGGAGACCAACAGCAAUCCUCAAAGCACCCCUCUCACAGAGGUGACCACAUCAACUCCUUCCUCUUCUCCAAGUGGCUCAACUCCAGCACAGACAGGGUCCCAAGGCACCUCAUCUCCAGAGGCAACAACCAAUCCAUUCAGCUCCAGUGUUAGCAACACAAAAACAGCCACAUCAGAGAUGCCAACUUCAUCACCCUCCACAGACUCCACCUCAGGAAGUACAGGGCACACAUCUCCAGAUGUUUCUCAAAGUUCCACAUCUGCCAUUACAGGAAUCCUAAUGACAAAUUCACCAAAUGUUCUGUCUACAGUGACAUCUCCCAUCACCUCUAAUGAAGAAUUGUCAACCUCUUCUCAGAAUGGCCACACUGGAACCAUGGAGACCAGCAGCAAUCCACAAAGCACCCCUCUCACAGAGGUGACCACAUCAACUCUUUUCUCUUUCCCAAGUGGCUCAACUCCAGCACAGACAGGGUCCCAAGGCACCUCAUCUCCAGAGCCAACAACCAAUCCAUUCACAUCCAGUGUCAGCAACACAAACCCACCCAAGACAGAAAUGCCAACUUCAGCACCCUCCACAGACUCCACCUCAGGAAGUACAGGGCACACAUCUCUAGCUGUUUCUCAAAGUUCCACAUCUGCUAUUACAGGAAUCUCAAUGACAAAUUCACCAAAUGUCCUGUCAACAGUGACAUCUCCCAUCACCUCUAAUCAAGAAUUGUCAACAUCUUCUCAGAAUGGCCACACUGGAACCAUGGAGACCAGCAGCAAUCCACAAAGCACCCCUCUCACAGAGGUGACCACAUCAGCUCUUACCUCUUUCCCAAGUGGCUCAACUCCAGUACAGACUGGGUCCCAAGGCACCUCAUCCUCAGAGGCAAUAACCAAUCCAUUCAGCUCCAGUGUCAGUAACACAAACCCACCCAAGACAGAAAUGCCAAAUUCUUCACCCUCCACAGACUCCACCUCAGGAAGUACAUGGCACACAUCUGCACAUGUAACGGAAAGCUUUGGUGUCAUCACAUCUGGGGUGUCAAGCAGUACUCUCACUGGACAGUCAACAGUCCUGGCAUACAGCACCUCUACUCAGCCACCAUCAACAUAUUCUCAGAGUUACCAGACCACAAGCAUGGCGACCUCCAGCAUAUAUCACACCAGCACCCUCACAGAGGUGACCACAGAAAACCAUUCAUCCUCGUCAUCUGGACCCACUGUGACAGACACCUUUUCUCACGGGACAUCCUCUUCAGGAACGACCACCAGCUCCCUGAAGACAGACAGUGGUAGAGGCACAUCCCUCCCUGCCACCUCCUGGACCCUCACCACUCCCAGCUCGACCACAGCCUCCAGAUCGACAGCGCCCCCACUUCCUAUUUUACCAGAGCAGGGCAUUGCCCUCUUCCCCUACGGGACAAGCCCUCACAUUGGAGACCUGCGGUUGUUUGACCGGACUGUGGAUUUUACCUCACCUCUCUUCAAAAUCCAGAUCGGCUUUCCACUGGGCUCCUCUCUGCGGGAUUCCUUCUACUUCACAGAUAACGGCCAGAUCGUUUUCCCAGAGUCAGACUAUAGCAUCUUCUCCUACCCCAACCCACCUCAAAGAGGCUUCACAGGAAGGGAGCAUGUGGCCAUGGUGGCCCCGUUCUGGGCCGACGCUGAUUUCUCUAGCUCCAGGGGAACCAUAUUUUACCAGGAAUACAGCACACUUUAUGAUGGAAACAGUGAGCUCAUCCGGGGGGUGGAGGCUUUGAUUCACGAGUUCACAGGCGACUGGAGCUACAAAGCCAAGUGGACAUUGAAAGUCACCUGGGUCGACGUUCCCACCUACCCUGCCCGGUGGAGCUUUGGGACCAAUACCUACCAAGCCAUCCUCUCCACAGACGGGAGCAGUUCCUACGCCCUGUUUCUCUACCAGAGUGGAGGGAUGCGGUGGGAUGUGGCCCAGGGUCUGCGCAAACAAGUCCUCAUGGGCUUCUCCAGUGGAGAUGGGUAUUUUGAAAACAGCCCGCUGAUACUCCGGCCAGCAAUGGAGAAGUACCGUCCAGAUCGAUUCCUGGAUUCCAAAUUAGGCAUCCGGGGGUUGCAGGUCUACCGUCUACACAAGGAAGUGAGGCCCAACUACCGGCUCAGGUGUCUACAGUGGCUGAAGAGCCAGCCUCAGAGUCCCAGCUGGGGCUGGGGCUGGAGCCAGAUUUCCUGCCCCUGCUCCUGGCAGCAGGGACGACGAGACUUGCGGUUCUGGCGCGUGAACACAGGUUGGUGGGAUGGCAGCAGCAGACAGCUGUGCAGCUUCUCAUCCUGGCGAGGGGGCGUGUGCUGCAGUUAUGGCCACUGGGGGGAGUUCCGAGAAGGCUGGAGAAUGCACAGCCCUUGGCAGUUCGAACAGGAGCGGGAGGCCCAGAACUGGUGCUGUCGCUGGAACGACAAGCCCUCCCUCUGUGCCGAGUACCGUCGUGUGCGGCCCCGCUUUGGCUGUGCUUGGUAUAGACCCCCACGGCCCGCCUGGACAUAUGGCGAUCCCCACAUCACCACUUUGGAUAACGCCAGUUACACCUUCAAUGGGCUGGGGGACUUUCUGCUGGUCCAGGCCCGGGACGCGAAUUCCUCCUUCCUGCUGGAGGGUCGCACUGCCCAGACUGGUUCUGCCAAGGCCACUAACUUCAUUGCCUUUGCUGCUCAAUACAACACCAGCAGCCUGGCUUCUCCCGUCACCGUUCAGUGGUUCCUGGAACCCAAUGACACAAUCCGAGUCCUAUACAAUAACCGGACUGUGGCCUUUGACACCAACCACACGGAGGAAGACUUGCCAGUGUUCAAUACUACUGGUGUCCUAAUGACCCAGAAUGGCUCCCAGGUCUCAGCCAGCUUUGAUGGGACAGUGACCAUCUCAGUGAUUGCUCUUUCCAACAUCCUCCACGCCUCCUCCAGUCUCCCAGAGGGGUACCGCCACCACACGAAGGGACUCCUGGGAGUCUGGAAUGACAAUCCAGAAGAUGACUUCAGGAUGCCCAAUGGCUCCACCAUCCCCUCAAAGAGCUCCGAGGAGACAAUUUUUCACUAUGGAAUGACAUGGCAAAUCAACGGAACAGGCCUCCUUGGGAUGAGGACAGACCCUCUGCCUUCCAACUUCACCCCCGUCUUCUUGUCCCAACUGCGGAACACCUCAGAUGCAAACCUGACCUCUGGGUGCAGGGGAGACACACAGUGCGAGUUUGACGCUCUGGCCACAGGAAACGCAGGCAUCGGACAAAGCACCAACACGAUCUUGGAAACAUUCCAGAAUGUGAACGGCACCCUCAAUCAGUAUCCGCCCUCUAUCAACUGCAGCAGAGACAUUCGAGCCUACAAGGGGCGGACAGAGACCGUUGACAUCACCAGUGACUCUAAGGACGUCACAUUCACCCUCACCGGCCAGUGCCCUGGCUUUAAACUCUUAGAAAAUGGGAGUUUGCAGUGGACGCCACCAGCAUCUCCAGAAGCAUGUACCCUGGAGAUUCUAGCCAGAGAUGCCAGGACUAACCUGUCAUCCGUACUCCAGCCCCAGACUACAAUAUGCUUCUGCAAUACGGAGAGCCAGUGUUUGUACAAUGAGACCAGCAGGGAAGGCAACUCUUCCCUUGAGGUGGCCAGCUGCAAGUGUGAUGGAGACACCUUUGGCCGCUUCUGUGAGCGCUCUAAGGACCUCUGUGAAGAGCCGUGUUUCCCAAAUGUGCCCUGCACCCCAGGCAAGGGCUGUGAGGCCUGCCCUCCAAACAUGACUGGAGAUGGGCGGCAUUGUGCAGCUCUCGUGGACCCUUUAGCUUGCCAGAACCAUUCCUGUCCCGCGAAUCACUGCUAUAACCAUGGCCACUGCUACAUCUCUGGGGCUCCAGACUGCCAGCCCGCUUGCACCUGCCCCCCAGCCUUCACGGAUGCCCGCUGCCUCCUGGCUGGGAACAGUUUCACUCCCACCAUCGCUAAAGAGCUCCCCUUGAGGACCAUUAUGCUCUCACUCAGGGAAGAUGAAAACGCCUCCCUCGCUGAUGUCAACGCCUCGGUGGCCUACAGACUAGGGGCUCUGGACAUGCGGGCUUUCCUCUGGAACGACCCAGUGGAGCUGACGUGGAUCUCUCUCCCAGCACGGCCCUCGGACAAGUCAAUUCAGCACUGGAGGGUCACGUCCCACUUCCAGUACCGCCCCAGGGGCCCGGUCAUCCAUUUUCUGAACGACCAGCUGAUGGACGCUGUGGUGGAGGCCUUCCUCCUCCAGGCUCCGAGGGGGAGGCAGAUGAGGAGCAGUGGAGAAGCCAGGAAGAACGUCAACUUCUUCCCCAUCUCCAGGGCAGAUGUCCACCACGUGAAGGCUUUGAACCUGGGCAAUCUGAGCGACUACUUCCUGUGUGAAGGCUACAAGGGCUACGAGCUGGUCUACAGUCCCCAGGACGGUGUCACCUGCGUGUCCCCGUGCAGUGAGGGCUACUGUCACAAUGGAGGCCAAUGCCAGCACCUACCAGAUGGGCCCCAGUGCAGCUGCGCAUCCUUCACCAUCUACACAUCCUGGGGCGAGCGCUGUGAGCACCUAAGUGUGAAACUUGGCGCAUUCUUCGGGAUCCUCUUUGGGGCCUUGGGCGCCCUCUUGCUCUUGGGGAUCCUGGCGUUUGUCAUCUUCCACUUCUGUGGCUCCAUGAACAAGUUCUCCUACCCUUUGGACUCAGAAUUGUAAGGCCGCGCUCCAGAUGGGCAGCCGCACCUAGGAUACCUCAGGACCCACCCGUCACUCGGCCUCUGAUCUAAGGAGACUGGAAAGGGGCUGCUGAACGAAGGGGAUUUGCGAUUCUUCAAGAAUGAAUAAAGGGAGUAGCCAGACUACACCUUGUCAGUAGACUGGGGGUACAGGAAAAGGCCACGAUGACCAAAUAUUUAGAUGGGUGGGUCCUCACCCAGACACAUCUGAAAGGAGGACACUGCCGUGUAUGAAGUGCACACACACACACACACACACACACACACACACACACACACACACACUCCAGAGUUAAUGGGUGACUGGCUCCACAUUAACCAAAAUAUUUUUAUGUAUA